ACCAAGCUUCACAGCAAAGAAGUAGCAUAAGUGAAUUAUUGAAGUUUCUUCAGCAAUGGCUUACUUUUGGAGCUCACUGGGUGGACUUUCAUGGAUUUGUGAAGGGAAAUUUACUUUGGCUUCUUUCUGCAUUCAAAGAAGCAUAAUUGAUGGAAUAAAUCUGUUGUUCAUGUGUGUUUUCUACCUACUUAUGCUGAUAGGCUUAGGUAGAAAACACCAUGCAAGUGGUAUCAGCAGAAAGGAUCGUGUUUUGGUGGUAGCAUCAAUCUGCUGUUUUAUUACUAGCAUGAUGUACUUUAUCAAUCUUUUGUAUAAUUUCAUUGAUCAAAAUGAAAAAUCAGAUUAUUUAAGUUGGGUUGCAAGUACUAUUAAGGGACUAGUUUGGACCUCUCUUGCAGUUUCUUUGCUCACUCAAAGGAGCAAAAGUAUCAUAUGUCUAAACACUGUUUGGUGGGUGUGCCUAUGUGCAUUGCUUUCUGCUAUGAAUAUUGAAAUUCUUCUGAGAGUACACACUAUUCCUGUGUUUAAUUUGUUGCCUUGGCUUGUAAGCUUCCUUCUUCUCUUUUGUGCUUUAAGAAACCAUGGUUACUUUAUUUCAAAACAAUCCCAGAGUAACACAAUGUUUGAACCAUUGUUGUGUGAAACUGAAAAGGUAGAAACAAGCCAGACAGGAUUAAGCCAGGCCAAUUGUUUUAGCAGAUUCACAUUUUCUUGGAUUAAUCCUUUACUCUCUUUGGGUUAUAAAAAGCCAUUAGCUCUUAAAGACAUCCCUUCUCUACCUUGUGAAGACAAAGCUAAUUUCUCUUUCCAAAAGUUUGCUCACACAUGGGAUUCCUUCUUAAGUGAGAAUGGUUCAAACAGUCCCAAGAAUCAGGUUAUCUGGACCAUGUUAAGAGUCUUUACGAAAGAGAAUAUAUGCAUAUCAAUUAAUGCAUUAGCUAAGUCUAUUUCUGCAGCUCUUUCACCUUUGAUAGUAUAUGCCUUUGUAAACUAUGCAAGUCGCAGUGAAGAUAACUUGUGUGAGGGUCUUGCUAUAUUGGGGUGGCUGGUUCUUGCCAAAUUGGUGGAGUCAGUGUGUGAGAGGCACUGGUACUUUGACUCAAGGAGAUCAGGUAUGAGAAUGAGGUUAGCACUAAUGGUGGCUGUGUAUGAUAAGCUGUUGAGGCUUUCAAGCUUGGGAAGGAGAAGGCACUCAACUGGGGAGAUUGUGAAUUACAUAGCAGUUGAUGCCUACAGGAUGGGAGAAUUUUUGUGGUGGUUCCACACUGGAUGGAGCCUUACAUUGCAAAUUUUCUUAUCCAUUGUGGUGCUUUUUUGGGUUGUGGGACUUGGAGCUCUUCCAGCAUUAGUUAUUCUUCUCAUAUUUGCAUUCUUCUUCAAUCUUCCAUAUUCGAAGAAGAUUAAAAAUUGUCAGUCACAAAUCCUGAUUUCACAAGAUCAGCGACUCAGGUCAACUUCAGAGAUCCUGAAUAGUAUCAAAAUUAUUAAAUUACAAUCAUGGGAGGAUAAAUUUAUGAGCAUGGUUGAGUCACUUCGUGAUAGUGAGUUCAAAUGGUUGGCUGAGACGCAGUUCACAAGGGCUUUUGGAACUGUAGUGUUUGUCCUUUCUCCAACAGUUAUUUGCGCAGUAGUGUUAUUAGGAUGCACCCUCUUUAAGACUGCUCCACUAAAUGCUGUAACUAUAUUCACAGUUCUUGCCGCAUUGAGAACCAUGGCUGAACCCGUUAGAUUCAUACCUGAGGCUAUUUCUGUUGUUGCACAAGUUGGAGUUUCUUUGGAUAGGCUUAACACUUUUCUCCUUGAUGAUGAACUCAAAACUCGUGAAAAAGGGAGCAUUUCAAUUUCAAAAUCAGAUAAUUGCAUUGAAAUAGAGGCAGGUAAUUUCAGUUGGGAUGAAGAAUUAGUGACCUUGACCUUGAGAGACAUCAAUUUAAGCAUAAGUCGGGGACAAAAAGUAGCAGUUUGUGGACCAGUUGGAGCUGGAAAGUCUUCUUUAUUGCAUGCUAUCCUUGGAGAGAUGCCAAAAAUUUCUGGAACUGUUAGUUUGAAUGGAGCAGUAGCCUAUGUUUCUCAAACUUCCUGGAUUCAGAGUGGAACAAUUCGGGACAACAUACUCUUCGGAAAAUCAAUGGAAGAAAAUAGAUAUGAGAAUGCCAUUAAAGCAUGUGCCUUGGACAAGGAUAUAAAUGGCUUCAGCCAUGGUGAUCUUACAGAAAUAGGCCAGAGAGGGCUUAACUUGAGUGGAGGACAGAAGCAAAGAGUUCAACUUGCGCGUGCUGUCUAUAAUGAUGCUGAUUUAUAUCUUCUUGAUGACCCUUUCAGUGCAGUAGAUGCACAUACUGCUUCAGUUCUAUUCCAUGACUGUGUCAUGAGUGCUCUAAGAGAGAAAACAGUCAUCCUAGUGACUCAUCAAGUGGAGUUUCUGACAGAAGUUGAUAAAAUUCUGGUUAUAGAGGGUGGGUGUAUUUCUCAAGCAGGAAGCCAUGAGGAGCUGUUAACAUCUGGGGCAACCUUUGAGCAGCUUGUGAAUGCUCAUAGAGAUGCAAUAACUGUUCUGGAUAUACGUCAAAGCCUAGAAGAAUGUCAAGAAGUAGAUAGAGCCAAUAAUGAAAAACAGCAUCAUGUGUGUGAACCCAGUAAAAAAAACAAUGAUGGAGAAAUAUGUGAGACAAGUUUUGAAGGGCAACAACUUACUCAAGAAGAACAAAGAGAACUGGGAAGUGCUGGAUGGAAACUAUUCCUGGAUUACGUUAUAAUCUCCAAUGGGAUGCUUCUUAUGUGUUUGAGCUUCAUAGCUCUGAUAGGUUUUGCUGUUUUUCUGACUGCAUCAUCUUAUUGGCUUGCCAUAGCCAGUGAAAUUUCAAGCAUCUCCAGUAUCAUGCUGGUUGGAGUUUACACAGCAAUGGCAUUUUGUAGUGCUACCUUUGCUUAUGUGAGGGCUGUUUUUAUGGCUCAUCUUGGAUUAAAGGCUUCUAAAGCAUUCUUCUCAGGUUUCACUUCUGCCAUUUUCAAUGCUCCCAUGUCAUUCUUUGACUCAACUCCUGUUGGGAGAAUUUUAACCCGAGCAUCAUCAGAUUUGGCUAUUUUGGAUUUUGAUAUACCUUUCGCCAUAAUCUUUACAGUACAAAGUGGGAUUGAGCUUAUAACAGGAAUUGGGAUUAUUUCUUCAAUCACAUGGGAAGUUCUUAUAGUAGCCAUUCUAGUUGCAGUAGUAGGAAACUACAUUAAGGUCUACUAUGAAACCUCUGCAAGGGAAUUAGUAAGAAUUAAUGGAACAACAAAAGCUCCAGUUGUGAAUUAUGCCACAGAGACAUCAGCAGGAGUGGUCACAAUAAGAGCUUUCAAUAUGGUGGACAGAUUCUUCCAAACAUUCCUACGUCUAGUUGACACAGAUGCUGCACUUUUCUUGCAUACUAAUGCUGCUUUGGAAUGGUUACUAGCAAGAACUGAAAUACUCCAAAAUUUGAUCUUUUUCACUGCAGCUUCUCUAUUUGUCUUUCUUCCCAAGGGAUCAAUAGCUCCAGGUCUUGUGGGACUUUCUCUGUCUUAUUCUUUGUCAUUGACAAAAACCCUGCUGUAUUAUACUAAGUGGUCUUGUAACUUGUCAAAUUUCAUCAUCUCUGUUGAACGAAUCAAACAAUUCAUGCAGAUACCACAAGAGCCUCUAAAAAUAAUGGAAGAUAAAAGGCCACCACCUUCAUGGCCUUCCAAAGGCAGGAUAGAAUUUCAAGCUUUGAAGGUUAGAUAUCGUCCAAAUACUCCAUUUGUUCUGGAUGGAAUCACAUGUACUUUCAAAGAAGGGACUAGAGUAGGGGUUGUAGGAAGAACAGGGAGUGGAAAAACAACUCUUUUAAGUGCAUUGUUUCGUUUGGUAGAGCCUACAAGUGGUACAAUUCUAAUUGAUGGGCUUAACAUAUGCUCAAUAGGCCUGAAGGAUUUAAGAAUGAAGCUUAGCAUCAUCCCUCAGGAACCAAUCCUUUUCAGGGGUAGUAUUCGAACCAACUUGGACCCACUGGACCAAUUCUCUGAUGAUGAAAUAUGGAAGGUUUUAGAGAUGUGUCAACUCAAGGAGGCUAUAACUGGACUACCAUAUCUACUGGACUCAUCAGUGAGUAGUGAAGGCGAAAAUUGGAGCAUGGGACAACGCCAAUUAUUUUGCCUUGGAAGAGUCCUUCUGAAAAGGAACAGAAUUCUUGUUCUGGAUGAAGCAACAGCUUCCAUUGAUUCUGCCACAGAUGCUAUUUUACAAAGAAUCAUCAGACAGGAAUUCUCUGAAUGCACUGUUAUUACUGUGGCUCAUAGAGUUCCAACUGUAAUAGACAGUGACAUGGUCACGGUUCUUUCCUAUGGAAAAUUGGUGGAGUAUGAUGAACCUUCAAAACUUAUGGAGUCCAAUUCUUCAUUCUCCAAGCUUGUAGCUGAAUAUUGGUCUAGCUGCAGGAGGAAAUCUUUGUAAAGGAAUUUCGGACUUUGUCUGAAUUCUAAGCUUAGCUUGCCUUUGUAGUUGCUUGCAUCCCUUUAUAGUUGAGACACAAAAAGAAAAAGAAUGUGUGUAUAAAGAAAUGAAAAUUCAGUAAGCUUUAUUUGAUGAAUAAUCAUAUGUGCCGAAGUUCAUUAUUCACAGAAUACUCCAACAAGCAUGAAUUUUAAAUGAGAAUGAUUCUUAAUCAUUCGUAAAAAAUAUAGGGAUAACCAAUGAAGUAUUUCACAAUAUGUGAAAUUGGAUGCAGCCAGAAACAGA